AUGUCCUCCUCUCCAUCUCCCACGUCGCCUUCCGUCCAGACUGUGGAGAGUGCGAGGGAUCCUCCGGCUGCGUCACGGGAAUACCUUCCCGAUGUAGAACACCCAGUGUUUAAGCACUUCAGGCUCAUCAAGCGGGAGGAGGGCAAGGCACAGCAGUACGAGUGCAAAUACUGCCCCCUUGUCUUCUCUGGUGCCGCCAUCCGUUGCGCUCAACACCUGACGUCAUGGAAGACCAUGAAGCGCCGGGAGGUGGCACUUUGCAAGAAUGCCCCGGCUGAUGUUCGCCUCGCGAUGAAGUCCAAGUACGAGAAGCAGGCCGCAGAUGCAGAGGAGAGGCAGAGAUCGACUGAGGCUGCGAUUGCCUCGGUGACACCAGGUGGGAAGCGGUCCCGCAUAACCGACUAUCUCGCGGGCGACGCUGCAUCGGCAAGACGCGAAGCACAUCAGUCGCUUGCGCUGAUGUUUGCGGGAUGUCACAUCCCGGAGCAGAUCGUCGACCGUCCUCUCUUCAUCAACGCAAUCAGAGACGUCGCCCGCGCCGGCGAAAACUAUGUUCCACCAGGCCGGAAGUACAUCGGCGGUAGCGGUCUUCAAGCAUGCCGCCGUGGCAUCGAAAGCGGGUUGGUGGGCAUCAAAGCAAGCUGGAAAAAAGUUGGAGUAAUUAUCGCGUCCGACGUGAUGACGGACAGAAACGGAAGGCCGCAGGCAAAUGCCUUCCUCGUUAACGACGUGGGCGCCGUGUUGCAUGUGUGCGUGGACUGCAACAUGGAGAAGAAGACAGGGGGAUACAUUGCGGGGUUACUUAAGCCCGUGGUGGAGGAGGUGGGGGCGGAGAACAUCGUCGCUUUUUGUAUGGACGGCGGCUCCAACUGCGCGGUUGCGUGCCAGACCUUGGUUGCAGAAUGGCCCCACAUUCAGAUUGUCCCUUGUGCGACCCACGUCCUGGAUCUCCUCAUGGAGGAUGUGGGGAAGCUUGGGUGGGCGAAAGGGGUGGUGGAUCGGGCUGGGGAAAUGAGUUCCUUCGUCCGCAACCACCACUGGACGUGGGGGUACUUGCGGACGCUAGAGCUGGUGGAGGGGACCGUGAUGCAGGCGUUGAAGCCAGCGGGGACACGCUUCGGGACACAGUAUAUAACUGUUUCCCGCCUGUGUGCCCUUCGUAAUUCCCUUACCCAGAUGGUGCUCUCCGACCUGUGGAAAGAUUGGGCAGUGGGGGAUCGAAAGAAAGCAGCGGAGGGGUUUGCCGCGCAGGUACUCGAUGCGGCUUGGUGCGCCGAGUUCUUCACGAAGCUCAUGAAGCUCCCUUUCAUCGCGAUGCGGCAGACGGAUGGGAGCGCAAAGGGGAUGAUGGGGCGAAUGUACGACAUAAUGCUCCAACUUACCGAGGAUGUGGAGGCCCUUGUCGACGCGGAUGAGGAGCAGUUGUCCAGCACCGACAAGCAGCAGAUCCGCCGCAUCCUGAAAAACAGGGUGUUCAAGGCUUUCCUCUCCAAACAUGCGGAGUUCCUCACCGUGCGGGAGAAGGAGGGGGGUGAUGAGUGCGACUAUUUGCUCGCAUUGGGGGACCAGCUGAGGUCUUUCCUUGACCUCAAAGGGAGUUUCGGGAUGCCUGAAGCCAUUUCACAGAGUGAGAAGGUAAAGGCGGGCACUUACAGCAUGGUUAAGUGGUGGCAGUGGAACGGGACGGAUGCGCUGCAGCUGUCGUCGCUCGCCGUAAAGGUUCUCUCGCAGCCCGUCUCGGCAUCUCCGUGUGAGCGUGGAUGGUCGAAGUGGGAAUCAGUCCACACUGCGCGACGGAACCACCUCGAAUCCGCUAAAUGCUCGGAUUUAGUGUACGUCACGCACAACUGGAACGUUGUGCGCGGAUGGCACACGCGCCAUGAGGUGAUGCCAUCAGUUGUGCGCGGGAAUGAGGUGGAGCCGCCCAUCCCCGCUGGCUACAACAUCGCGGAUGAUAUGGAGGAGGAGGAAGGUGAGGACGAGGUCUUGGCGGACGAGUAUGAGUAG